CCUGCAGAUCGGGCGGCCCCGGUGGCGGGGGGAGGGGGCUGCCCCGUGCGAGCCCGUCGAUUCGCUCCCGGCUCCCCCGAGGCCUGGCCAGGGGGCGGUGUCUGCGGCGCCAGGUUCGCGGGACGCACGUCUCCAGGCGGCGGCAGUAGCGGCAGCGACUCCUGGGAGCCCGAGCCUUCGCGGCGCCCCCGUCCCUCCCCGGCCGCACCCCGCCCCGGCGCGAGAGGAGAGCGCGAGAGCCCGAGCCGCGGGCGGGCGGCGAAGAUGGCAGAGGCACCGGCCUCCCCGGCCCCGCUCUCUCCGCUCGAAGUGGAGCUGGACCCGGAGUUCGAACCCCAGAGCCGGCCGCGCUCCUGUACGUGGCCCCUGCAGAGGCCAGAGCUCCAGGGGAGCCCGGCCAAACCCUCGGGGGAGACGGCCGCUGAUUCCAUGAUCCCCGAAGAGGAGGACGAUGAAGACGACGAGGACGGCAGCGGUAGGGCCGGUUCGGCCAUGGCGAUCGGCGGCGGCGGGAGCGGCGCGCUAGGCUCUGGGCUGCUCCUUGAAGACUCGGCCCGGUUGCUGGCUCCCGGAGGGCAGGACCCCGGCUCCGGGCCAGCCCCCGCGGCAGGCGCGCUGAGCGGGGGGACGCAGACGUCGCUGCAGCCUCAGCAGCCACUGCCGCCGCCGCAGCCGGGGGCGGCUGGGGGCUCGGGGCAGCCGAGGAAAUGCUCGUCGCGGCGGAACGCCUGGGGGAACCUGUCCUACGCCGACCUGAUCACUCGCGCCAUCGAGAGCUCGCCGGACAAACGGCUCACUCUGUCCCAGAUCUACGAGUGGAUGGUGCGCUGCGUGCCCUACUUCAAGGAUAAGGGUGACAGCAACAGCUCUGCGGGGUGGAAGAACUCGAUCCGACACAACCUAUCAUUGCACAGCCGGUUCAUGCGGGUCCAGAAUGAGGGGACCGGCAAGAGCUCUUGGUGGAUCAUCAACCCUGAUGGGGGAAAGAGUGGAAAGGCACCCCGGCGGCGGGCUGUGUCCAUGGACAACAGCAACAAGUAUACCAAGAGCCGUGGCCGCGCAGCCAAGAAGAAGGCAGCCCUGCAGAUAGCCCCUGAGUCUGCUGAUGACAGUCCCUCCCAGCUCUCCAAGUGGCCAGGCAGCCCCACGUCACGCAGCAGCGACGAGCUGGAUGCGUGGACGGACUUCCGCUCGCGCACCAAUUCCAACGCCAGCACUGUCAGCGGCCGCCUGUCACCCAUCUUGGCAAGCACAGAGUUGGAUGACGUCCAGGAUGAUGAUGCACCGCUCUCCCCGAUGAUCUACAGCUCAGCUAGCCUCUCACCCUCUGUGAGUAAGCCAUGCACCGUGGAGCUACCACGGCUGACCGACAUGGCGGGCACUAUGAAUCUGAAUGACGGGCUGUCUGACAACCUCAUGGAUGACCUGCUGGAUGACAUCACACUCCCAUCGUCCCAGCCAUCACCCACUGGAGGGCUCAUGCAGCGAAGCUCUAGCUUCCCGUACACCACCAAGGGCUCCGGCCUGGCUUCUCCAACUGGCUCCUUUAACAGCACGGUGUUUGGACCCUCAUCUCUGAAUUCCCUGCGCCAGUCUCCCAUGCAGACCAUCCAAGAGAACAAGCCAGCUACUUUCUCGUCCAUGUCACACUAUGGCAACCAGACACUCCAGGACCUGCUCACUUCAGACUCCCUCAGCCACAGCGAUGUCAUGAUGACCCAGUCAGACCCCUUGAUGUCUCAGGCCAGCACCGCUGUGUCUGCCCAGAACUCCCGCCGGAACGUGAUGCUUCGAAAUGACCCAAUGAUGUCCUUUGCCGCCCAGCCUAACCAGGGGAGUUUAGUCAAUCAGAACUUGCUCCACCACCAGCACCAAACCCAGGGCGCUCUCGGUGGCAGCCGUGCCUUGUCGAAUUCUGUCAGCAACAUGGGCUUGAGCGACUCCAGCAGCCUUGGGUCAGUUAAACACCAGCAACAGUCUCCUGUCAGCCAGUCUAUGCAAACCCUCUCGGACUCUCUCUCAGGCUCCUCCUUGUACUCUGCGAGUGCAAACCUUCCCGUCAUGGGCCAUGAGAAGUUCCCCAGCGACUUGGACCUGGACAUGUUCAAUGGGAGCUUGGAAUGUGACAUGGAGUCCAUUAUCCGUAGCGAACUCAUGGAUGCUGAUGGGUUGGAUUUUAAUUUUGAUUCCCUCAUGUCCACACAGAAUGUUGUUGGUUUGAACGUGGGGAACUUCACUGGUGCUAAGCAGGCCUCAUCUCAGAGCUGGGUGCCAGGCUGAAGAAUCACUGAGGAAAGGGGAAGUGGGCAAAGCAGACCCUCAAACUGACACAAGACCUACCGAGAAACCCUUUGCCAAAUCUGCUCUCAGCAAGUGGACAGUGAUACCGUUUACAGCUUAACACCUUUGUGAAUCCUGCACCAUUUUCCUAACCCAGCAGAGACUGUUAAUGGCCCCUUACCCCGGGUGAAGCACUUACCCUUGGAACAGAACUCUCUAUAUAAAGUAUGCAAAAUCUUCCUUGUACAGGGUCAUGAGCCACCUGCCAGUGAAGGACGGCACCCUGUCAGCACCACCCAGCCUCGUUCAGAGCACACCGUGAGCUCCUGUUGGCGACUCUGUGGUGUAUUCAUCUCACAAUGGUUUAUGGGAUGUUUUAAGUGUCGUUUUAGUGUUUGUUUUCCUUUGACUUUCUGAGUUUUUCCACAUGCAUUAACUUGCAGUAUUUUUAUGUUAAAAUGUUAAUCAUCCUUCCCCUGGCAAAUUUAAAAACAGAAGGAAAAUGUUGUACCAGUUACUAGUCUAGCUUUGGGCAUCACAAGCAUUUGAGCUCUUGGAACUCCAUAAACUAACAAAUUACAUAAACCAGAGGGGGAUUUUCUUUCUUCUUUUGUUUGGUAGAAAACUAUCCUUUUCUAAAAACUGAACAAUGGCACAACUGUUUGCCAUGCGCAUCAGUCCAGGACUGACCCCUGCAUAGGCCCGACGAAUGGAGUGCUGCAUGCGACCCACUGUGUUUUCCUUCUGAGUCGGGAGUGGGUGGGGGGGGACCCCCCAGCCCCUGGUCUGCAGUUCCAGAGCAGUCGGGCCUCUGGUCUUCUGGCAUUAUCCUCAGCUAAUGCAGUGAACAAUGAUGGUGUGCUGGAAAUUAGGGUCUUUUCAAGAAACAAGCUCAGCUGCCCACUCAUUGCCAAAUGCCACUAAGGGAUUUAGUUUUAAGGAGAAAGGGGGAAAAAUAGUCCUGUUUUGCUUUGCAGAAGAAAUUAACUUGCAGGUGAACAUUAAGCCUACAGUGGGAAAUGUGUGAAAAGUACAAAGCAGAGUCACUAUUUUCCUAAAAUACCCUUGAUUAUUUUCAGCCUUGCUGUGUAUAAUCGGAUCUGCUAGACGUGUAUGAGUGAGAGGCAAUAGCGUACAAACUGAUUUUUAUACACACACACACACACAAUCUAAUAUAUAUAUAUAUAUAUAUAUAUAUAUAUAUAUAUAAAAGCUUAGAUUGUAAUUGUACAAGUGACAUGAUGGAAGUACAAGAUAGAGCAGUUAUGACUUUUACCCUCUCAUCUUUCUGCUUCUAUGGAUUUCAUUUUGUUUGGUUUUCAAAAAGUUAAUGGUGCUGUAUAGGUGCUUUCUGUUGAGCCAGGAAAGUGUGAUUAUAUCAUUACCCUCUUCGAUAGAAUGGUUGGGAACACCUUGGGUACACACGAAAAGCUGGUGUGACAAAGCUCUGACGAGCGCAGCGUAUGCACACUUCUCCAGAGUGAUAGAUGAAGACUCUUUUCUUUGCAUAAAAAGCAUUAGGUAUAUAAAUGUAUAAAUAAAUUUUAUCCUGUACAGUACAACAAUGGAACAUUCUGCAUGGACAUUAGGAACACAGGCUAGUAGUUCAGCACAGACUUCCCUGCAUGAGUUUCGCUGAUGCUCGCACCGUGCAGUGGGCACUGACUCCCUCCCACCAUAGACAUGCCACCCGACCCCUGCACCCGCCACCUGCCGCCAGGGGCCCCCUUGUGCACCUUUGCUUCCUAAUUCCUCUGGGGGUGGUACUGGUGGUGAGAACAGCUCCUAGCAUAAUGGAAGUUCCAUUUGGUAUUGUCCCACGUCUCCCCCGCCUCGCUUGGGUGCUCAUGUUUGAGUGAUGGCCCUGUUGAUUUCACCCUGCCUUUUACUGAAUCUGUAAAUUGUCGUGCGGUGGUGGUUAUAGUAGGCCUGUAGCAUAUCGCCUUUUCUAAGCUGCUCCACGUUUUUAAUCUUCAUUUUAAAAGUAUGUAUAAUUUUUAAA